GUCCCAAAUGGAGAUUAGAGCGUUUUCAUCAAAGUCAAUAAUACUCUCUUUCUGUACAUGUAAUAUUGUAAAUAAAAUAAAAAUACUGGAAUGCAGGUAUGAGACUGACAACAAAUGCACACUCUGCAAUGUAUGAUUGGAUAAGCAAGUUCAAGGCAUGCAAGGAGAGCAAUACGCACUUGAAUAUCCUAUUUGAUUCCUUUUUCUCUUUUCCUACAGAAAAAAAAAAUAUGAUAAAAUCAACAUCAAAAAUAGUAGCUUUGAAUUUUUUUCAUAGAGUAACUUCUUCUCAACAGAUACUCAAAAGAACCCAUACAACUACACUCAUGACAGGCACAGCUAGUGAUUUUGGUGGUCGUUUAAGACUAGGUGAAGAAAAGUAUUGUGAAAAAUACAGUACACCUUUUAAGCAACCCUUCCAACGUGUAUUGGACUCCAUUUCAAAAGAGACAAAGGAGACACUUAGCAAUCCUCACAUGAUGGUGAGUGAAGUACAAGCCAGACUACUCAAGGAGUUAGUUGCUUUGAUGAGACCUACUCGUGUGCUUGAGAUUGGUGGCUUUACAGGUUAUUCAGCUGUUGCUAUGGCUUCUGCUUUACAACCCAAUACAAAGAUCGUCUCAUUAGAAUUGGAUCCUAAGCAUAUUGAGAUUGCUAAAAGACAGAUUAGUUCUGCUGGUUUACAAGACAAGAUUGAGUUUAUUCAAGGUCCUGCGAACGAAAGUCUAUUGAACUUGGCAGGUACUCAAUAUGACUUCAUUUUCUUAGGUAAGUCAAUGUGUGUGUAUGUGUGUGUGUAUAUGCUUGACACGUCAUUAGAUGCUGAUAAGGGCGGAUAUAUCCAUUAUUUUGAUACAAUCAUGGAGCAUCACUUGUUAUCUGAUCAAGGUGUCCUUAUUGUCGAUAAUGUCUUGUAUUUUGGACAAGUUCAUAAGUCAAUCCCGGGAUUCAGUCAUGAAAAUGAGCCAGUAACAACAGAAGCUUCCAAGAAUAUCAAAAAAGUAGCUUCCAAAGUACACAAAUUCAAUGAACACAUUGCUAAUGAUACAAGAGUUGAGUCUACUAUUUUGCCCAUCUUUGAUGGUAUCACCAUUAUCAGAAAGAAAUAAAUAAAUAAAAACAGUGUGUGUUCCUGGGGUUUAAUU